AUGAUGAUGAUGAUGAUAAUGGAGUUGAAAUGGUUUAUUAGGAUAGUUGUGAUGAGUGUGUUGUUGGUGUUGGAAGGUACUACUACUUAUGCUUGUUUGGAGCAUGAAAAAAUUGCUCUCCUGCAACUCAAACCUUUCUUCAAUGGUUUCGAUGAUCUGAAUAACUGGGAUGAGGUGAAGAUCCCUAAUUGCUGUCAAUGGAAAGGGAUUGACUGCUACACCACCACCGGGCGACUCAUAGGACUCGACCUUAGAUACACAAUGUAUGGUAACAAGGGGUGGUAUCUGAAUGCCUCUAUGUUUCUUCCCUUUGUGGAAUUGAAGAGUCUUAAUUUACAAAGUAAUGCCAUUGCUGGUUGCAUUCAAAAUGAAGGUUUUAAAAAACUCUCAACUGCGUUGAAUAAUUUGGAGAUUCUUGACUUAAGUGGCAACCAGUUGAAUGAUAGUAUCAUGCUAUCUUUGAGUGAGCUUUCAAAGGGUAAAUUAAGUUAA